UUGGCUUCCAUAGAAAAUAAAGAAAUAACGCAAAGAAAAGCUAGUGAAAAGUAUGGCAUCCCACGCAGAACCAUUAUUAAUCAGUUAAGACUCCUACGAUCUAAAAUGCCAUCUCGACCUCCAGGCGCACCAACAACAUUUUCAAGUGAAGAAGAAGCCUUAUUUGUCGACUGCAUUUUAAGGCUGAGCGAGUACGGCUUUCCUCUCACAAUUUUCGAUCUUCGCAUUGUUAUUAGAACAUAUUUGGAGAAAAUUGGUCGGAGAGUUACAAAAUUUAAAAAUAAUUGUCCAGGUACUGAAUGGGUGUCAAGUUUCCUAAAAAGACAUUCAUGUUUAUCACAAAGAUUUGCGACCAACAUUAAACGCAACAGAGCAGCCAUUGACAAGGAAACCAUCACUGCCUACAUAGAAAACUUGAAAGAGGUGGUUAGAGACAUACCGCCCGAAAAUUUAUGGAAUUUUGAUGAGACUAAUUUAUCCGACGACCCUGGUCAAAAAAAAGUAAUAGCGAAGCGAGGUGCAAAAUACCCUGAACUUAUAAGUAAUACCUCCAAAAGCUCAACUUCUAUCAUGUUUUGUGGUAGUGCUAAGGGAGAAUUAUUACCGCCGUAUAUUGUCUAUAAAUCUAAGCAACUAUGGAAUACAUGGACGGAACAAGGGCCAAAAGAUGCCAGAUUUAACAAUAGCCCAUCAGGUUGGUUUGACAUGAAUAUAUUUAACGAUUGGUUUUUUACACAAAUUUUGCCAAUAUUAAAGAAACAAGAGGGUCCGAAAGUUAUAAUAGGAGAUAACUUGUCAUCUCACAUUUCUGUAGACGUCCUAAAUGCUUGUGACAAAAAUAAUAUUAGAUUUGUUUGUUUGCCACCUAAUAGCACUCAUCUAACUCAGCCGUUAGAUGUUGCCUUUUUCCACCCAAUGAAGGUAGCAUGGAGAAAAAUCCUGACCGAGUGGAAGGCGAGUGUUCAAGGUUUUCGGAAAUGUGGAAUUUAUCCGGUUGAUGCCAAUCCAUUAUUAGAGAGGUUGCCUACAACUGUUGACAAGACUGCUUUGCAAGACUCUUUUCUGCAGAGUCUUGAAGCUAAGAGGCUAGAAUGGACGACAAAUGGAACUACAAGAGGACGUCGCAGGAAACUACACAUCACUCCUGGAAAAAGUGUAACUGAAGAAUUAAGCACACUUUUGGAUGAUAAAGAAAAUGAAGAGUUGGCUCAACCGUCAACUUCAAAGAUACCAUGUCGCCGCAGAGCCAGUAGUGAAAGCUCUUACGCAGAAAGUAACGACAUGUCAGUUCAUGAUUCUUCCGAUCUAGGUUCUCUUGGAGAUUUAGAAAAUCUUGAAGCUAAUACUGAUACAGCGGCCGAAACUUGUAAUGAAAAUUGCAAUUUCAAACCAAUUGUGAAGGCGGUCGGGCAAUAUGUAGUCUUCACGUAUGAGGAGGAAAUUUUUCCUGGUAAAAUCACAAAAAUAACUAAAGAAGGGCCGUAUAUCUCUUCAAUGAAGAGGUCACUAAAAUCCUGGACGUGGCCUAAACCCGUCGAUGAAAUUCAAUACAAUUGGCAGGAUAUAUUGGGAUGUAUUGAAGUCCCUAAAAAAAUUAGUACCCGCCGUGAAAUAUAUUCCGUCCCUGAACUAGACCAAACUUGGGGUUUUUAA